AUGGAAGUGACGGUCCACCGUUGAGGCUGUCUGGGUCGGAGUCUAGUUGGACUGCGCAGCACGGUGAAUCUACCAGACAUUUACAUGCUUCACACAGAAGACCCGGACGUCCUAACCCUUCUGCCAGAUCCAGAACAAAUAUUGUCUUCUCAUACGCCAACACCAUGAAGUGGAGUUUUCUGAUGGGGCAACUGGACACUGCAUGAACAGCCAGAGGCUGGAGUCAUCAGCCAUGAAACCCGCAUGAUGGUUGGACAAAAGCUAAACCCUGAGGAUGAGUGGCAAAAAGAAAAAAAAUGCUGACUCACAUCUUGGGCCAGUGCUGUUGCCAUGGAAACGGCUUGUUCCCAUCCAGUAAACAUCCAGAAGGCGGAUUCUCGGGCAGCGUGCUCUUCCCCUUUUAUUCAACAUAUGACGAGAAAGACUACACACCUAAUCUGAGAGGAUUCAGAAGGACUGUGUUGCAAGAAUUACGUUAAGCACCCUCUCUGCAAAGCCCAUUCAAUACAAUGACCUGUAGUAUUGAUAAUGAUUUGCUGUGUGGUGAUGAAGUAAAUUGCAUUUGGACAAGCGCCUAUAUUCCAUUCUUAAUCAACAUCCUGUCAAUUAACCGCAUCUACAAGCCAGAGUUGAGGUUUACACUUUAUGUCAGAUGUCGUAUUAUUGGUGUGUUGCGAGUCAUUUGGACAUCCUUGAUCAUGUCUGUUCUCAGCAAAUGUGAGCACACUGCAUGACAUGCAUUUUGUUUCCACAGCGGUUUCCCAAGGCUGUCUGCUCAUCAAUGUCAGGCGGACAUAUUUGGGAACCACUGAAGAUUUGAAGGAGAAAUUGGGGCACUUUUAAAAGGGAAACCUCUGGAGUAUCUCAGCACCCAGCCAGAUGAACUGUUUCUGAUACAGAUCAUACACAAAGCAAACACUGAAACAGUAACACACACACACACACACACACACACACACACACACACACACACACACACACACACACACACAAUGACUGUUAUCCCAAAUAAUAAGAGAGCAGCAGGGUGGCGCUGAGGAACAAAUCCCCCAAUCUUUUGUCUUGGGUUUUGACGUGUUUCUGGAGAAGGUGUGUUUAACUGGACGAUUAAUGAUGGAAACCAGCGCAGUUCCUCAGUUUGUGGUGGACGGUGCAAGAGACCUGGAAGAGGCACACAAAGAGGAUUCAGGUUUAACCUCAGAUGACCAUCUCAUGAACCUGAAGGCCUUGGCAGAGAAGUUAAGAUUAGAAACCAGGAGACCAUCUUACCUCGAGUGGAAAGCUCAGUUAGAGGCCCAAAGCUUCAGAAACCCAGCGGUGCAAAAAGAUGCGGAGGGUCACAUGGGGCACCCCGUCACACCCAAAGGGGAUGUAAUGAACUCAAAUGUGAUUCAGCACAAGUUGCCGCCAGGAGUCCUCCGGGGGUUUGGAAAUAUAGACGAAGCCCUCAGCUGGCUCAGGAGGGAACUGACAGAGAUGCGUUUACAAGACCAGCAGCUCGCAAGGCAGCUCAUGCGCCUCCGCAACGACAUCAACAAGCUGAAGAUCGAGCAAACGUGCCACCUGCAUCGGCGGAUGCUCAACGACGCCACCUUUGGCCUUGAGGAGCGGGACGAGCUGUCGGACCUGCUGUGCGAAUGCCCCGUCACACCGGGCCUCGGCCUUUCCGCCCCGCUGCGCCUCAUUGGCGUCACCAAGAUGAACAUCAACUCUCGCCGCUUCUCGCUCUGCUAGGGCCAGCCAGCUUUUCAAGGAGGUGUUUUUCACUGCAACUUACAAAUUAUAUUUUUCCCAUUGUGCCCACGUCCCUACCAUGGCUUCUUAAUAGUAGGUAGAGGUGAGAAUAUUUGGGUAUUUAAAAGACAAAACUUGACUUGACAGACCUAGAGGCAUAACAUCUAAUUGUGUGCUCCCUAAAAUCAAAGGGUGAGCUGUAUACAAUCAAGAUAAUGGCCUAUCUGUUAUGGAUUAAGUGCUUUUAGUCUUCAGUAAUGUUUUUUUUUUUGGUCACAAAUUUAUAAAGACAGCUUACAGCAAGCAUGGUGUUUUAAAGUGGUACUGGAUCUUGCAGGAACCUUUUACUCCAUUAAAGUAUGAGGCAUUUUUCAAGUCAUCUUCUUGAGCUUAACUUUGUCCUCUGCCCUAUUGGUUCUAGCAUCACCAGGAAACAAUCAGUUAAUGGGAUAUGUUAUGCACUUGGUCUUUCGAAACUUUCAGAAACAUUUCAAUAGUUUGUACGUAACGUGCGAGGUUAGAAACUUGAAUUUUCCUCCGUUGCAUACGAUCAGUCCUCUAUGCACUUCAACCAGUGUCUGCCAAGAGGCCCAGUGAAGUUACUGAUAGUUUUGUACAUACUGUAUAAAAGAUGCCUUAAUCAACGUUAUUUCAUAUCAAACCAAAAUACAUAAUGUUUAUUUCUAGUUUGCAAGUUGCAGUAUCCAGUAAAUCGGUCCUGUUUCCUGUGAAUAUAUUUGUGGUAAUACAUUUUUUAACGACUGUCACUAACAAAUUUCUUUACUUGGUAUUGAAUUAUUUUACUUGGUAUUAAAUUGCUUUAC